AUGCCUCUCUUCAGCUCGUACGACCUCAUUUUCGCUGGAGGUGGCACCGUUGCGUGCAUCAUCGCUGGUCGCCUUGCUCAAGCCGACCCUUCUUUGAAGAUUUUGAUCAUAGAAGCAGGCUCACAUAGCUUGAACUUGCAUCACCAUGUUCAGCCCGCGAGAUAUCUCAACAACCUUGUUCAAGGUCAUACGUUCACACACCAUAACAGUGUGCCGAGUGAAGCGCUUGGAGGAAGAUCUGUUUGUGUUCCUUCUGGGUGCUGUGUAGGUGGCGGGUCUGCUGUAAACUUUCUGAUGUAUACCCGUGCUCCUUCGUCUGAUUAUGAUGACUGGGAAAGACUGGGAAACCCUGGCUGGGGUUCGGAGUCGCUCAUCCCUUUGGCCAAAAAGGCAAUCCCUGCUGGAAGUCCAUUGGUGCACGGGUUCACAGGACCCAUCAAGGUCUCCCAUGGAGGACGCGACACAAAUAUCGGGAAAGAGUUUCUUGAGACCGCGGCGCAAUAUGAUGAGGACAGGAAAACUUCGCCCACUGCUGCUGAUAUCAACGAUUUUCAAACAAUCAAUGUAUAUGGGCCUUGGCAUAAAUAUAUCGACUCGCGUACAGGAAAACGUUCAGAUACCGCACAUCAUUUCGUUUACAACCUCCAAAACUUCAGCCUCGAGCCCAGUGAUAGCAGUAAUUUGCACGUCCUGACCAACCGGCGAGUUGUCAAGGUGAUUUUCAGAAACACUUGCGCAAUUGGUGUCGAAUACGUUACCCGUGAAGAUUUCAACGGAAAGUCACUAUCACAGCCUCGAAUUGCAUAUGCUUCCCGCUUGGUCGUACUUUCGAGUGGAGCUUUCGGGUCACCGGCAAUUUUGGAACGAUCUGGAAUUGGGGCCGCACGUCAUGUAGCUGAAGCAAAUGUUCAACAAAUCGUCGAUCUUCCAGGUGUCGGAGAGAAUUAUAACGAUCAUAACCUCUGCCUUACCUCGUACCUAGCUUCCGAAGACUCUGACUGUCUGGAUGGCAUAUUCAGUGGUGACGAAGAGGCUAUCAAACCACAUCUCAAAGAAUGGCAAGAAAAAGGUUCAGGGCUUUUGGCGCACAACUCCAUAGAUGCGGGAGUAAAACUGCGUCCCACAUCUGAAGAGCUUGAAGAGCUUGGGCCAUCCUUCAGACAACUAUGGAAGGACUUCUACGUCGGGGCACCGGACAAGCCGGUUGCGAUCUUAUUUAUGUUAUGCAGGGACCUGAAAAACGCCGGCACAUUGACUCCAUCGAAGACGUUUGGGAUGGCCUUUUACACAGCCUACCCGCAAGCGAUAGGAUACAGCCACAUCACUUCUGGAAUCAAUCCUUGGGCGCCUUUGAGGUUUGAUCCCAGGUAUUUGGUAGACCCGGCAGAUCUUGCAGUACUUCGCUGGUGCUACAAGCGCGGUCGCGAGCUUGCCCGCCGGAUGCGGUCGUUCAGGGGAGAAAUCCCUGCUGGACAACCUGAUUUUUGUUCAAGUCCUCCAAUCUCUGAUGCCAGUAUUAGCACUUCCCAAAGUGUGCUUGACGAAAGUACUGCCUCUGUAAAUCCUACUGCCUCUGGUCCAGUUCCCAUUGAUGCUCCGAAGAUUAUUUAUUCAAAAGAGGACGAUAGGGCGAUAGACGAUUACAUCAAAGCUACUGUGGGAACAACGUGGCAUUCACUUGGGACAUGUGCCAUGAAACCACGAGCAGCCGGGGGAGUCGUCGACUCUCGACUUAACGUGUAUGGGGUGGAGAAUCUGAAAGUGGCUGACUUGAGCAUUGUUCCAUUAAAUGUAGGAGCCAACACCAAUAAUACUGCACUCGUUAUUGGGGAAAAGGCCUUUCUCCUUAUUGCAGAAGAUCUAGGUAUAUCUCUUGAAAGUGAACAAUUCAGUAAACCAUAG